UCAAGAGCUUUGCUGUUGUACUUUUUAUAUAAAACUACAAAUACAGAGGAUAUUCAAGCAACAAUGGCGACAGAGUCACUGCCUACCGAUUCUGCAUUCCCUCCUUCUUCCUCCACCCCUGCCUCAACCCCAGCCGCAGAGGUCGAGUCCGACAUCGAAGACUUUGAGGACCUGAUCAAAGAAAACGAGCUCGAGUCCGCCUCGGACUGGACUAACGACGACGAAACCCGCCCGGUGUGCUUGUACUGCGAACUGACCUUUGACGACGCGGACGCGGUCUGGGAUCACUGUGCUGCCGAUCAUGGGUUUGAUUAUAACAAGCUUCGUCGAGGACUUGGUCUGGACUUUUUUGGAAAGCUAAAGCUGGUCAACUACAUCCGCUCGCAAGUCCAGCAAAACAAACUCCCCGAGCUAAACAAGCCCGAGAUCUUCCUCGAGGACAGCCAGUACCUCAAGCCCGUGAUGGAAGACGACGCGCUCCUAUUCGGGAUCCAAGACGAAGACUCCGAGAACGAAGAAGAGGACGCCGACGCGGUAUACGAAAAGGAGCAGCUCCAGCAGCUUGCGAAAGAGAACGCGGAAAAGGCAAAGACGCUGCAGACGCAGCUCAAGAACCUGCAGCAGCAGUUUGACGAGUACAAGGAUAUCGUGCGCACGAUCCUCAACCGAGAUAUGAACUCCGACAACAGCGACGCAAGCAGCGACAACAGCAGCAACAGCAGCAGCAGCAGUCGCAGCGCCAGCCCAGAUCGCCGCCGCCGCCGCCGCCGUCGCAGAUCACACAAGAAGCACGCAAACGACGACCGCUACUUUGAGUCCUACGCCUACAACGAGAUCCACGAGAUCAUGCUCAAAGACCGCGUGCGCACCGAGUCCUACCGCGACGCAAUCUACGACAACAAGGAUAUCUUCAAAGACAAAGUCGUCCUCGACGUCGGCUGCGGAACCGGAAUCCUCUCGAUGUUUGCCGCCAAAGCGGGCGCGAAAAAAGUGUUUGCCGUCGAUAACUCGGAUAUUAUCGAGAAAGCGAUCGCGAACGUGUUUGAGAACGGGCUCGAGAAAGUCGUGCAGUGCUAUCGCGGCAAGAUCGAGGAGAUCAAGUUGCCUGUCGAAAAAGUCGACAUCAUCAUCUCAGAGUGGAUGGGUUACGCGCUUCUUUACGAGGCUAUGCUGGACUCUGUACUCACCGCCCGCGACAAAUACCUCGCCCCGAACGGUCUAAUGGCUCCCGCCGAAUGCCGCCUCCUCGUCGCCGGCCUGCGCGACCCUGAAUUCAUCAACGACAAAGUAAACUUCUGGAACGACAUCUACGGCUUCAAAAUGAGCGCCAUGAAGCCCCGCAUCUUCGACGACGUCAUCAUCGAGAACUUUGCCCCGUCCUCGAUCGCGAGCCCCGAACCGUUCGUCUUCAACUCCUUGCCGCUGCACUCUGUCUCCAUCGCCGAUCUCGAGUUCACCUCCGACAUUCGCGUCGCGCUCAAGCCCCGCGGCGGAGAAGACAGCAGCACCUUCGACGGCGUGCUCGACGGCCUCGUCAUCUACUUUGACACAUACUUCACCCGCUCCCGCGACGAAGUCGUCCCCGCUUCCGCCAGAGCAGAGUCCUACCGACCCGGCUCCGGAUCUCUGGGUUUCACCACCGGGCCCUGGGGUCCCAAGUACACCCACUGGCGCAGCGCGGCUCUGCUGUUUAACUCCCCGCUUCAGAUCCCUGACGGCGUGACGGAGUUGACGGGUACGAUCUCGUAUGCGAAGCGGAGGGUUAAUAGUAGAGAGUAUGUGAUUGGGUUGGUCUUGAACGGGGGCGCGAAGCCUCUUAAGCAGACUUAUAUCAUGCGAUAGAGCGUAAUAUGUAUGUAGUAGUUUGGAUUAAUACAAAAAUUAGUAUAU